AUGGCUAAGCCAUUGGUCCCUAUUGUAGAGAACAAGAAUAUUCUGUAUUCUAUUGAAAAACGUCAAUCCAAAAGAAUACGAAAUAAUAAGCAUAAAGAUUCAAAUUUGAAUGAAAAGAGUGGUGAAAAUGGUCCACCAUCUCGAAGAAGAAAAAUCGAAAAUUCUGCUCUGAAGGAUCUUUUCAAUGAACAAGAAAUUAACUGGAAUCGAAAGGAAUUUGUUAAAGUAUGUCAAUCUCGAAGUAUCUGCCUUGAUGACGAUGAUAUUGCCAAUACAACCAAGUUAAUUAGCUGGUUUGAUC